AUGUAUUGCUUCUAUUUUCCCACAUUGAAAACUACUAUGUCACUGUCACAUGACCUUUCAAUUCUCAAGUAUUUAUUUUAUAAUCUACGUCAGCCAUUAUUAUCGUCUUCAUUAGUUUCUUGUUUUUUUCUUUCUUUUUAUCUGAAAUAUCUCCAUCCUUCCUUCUUUCUCUUUCUUGUUUUUUUUCUUCUUAUUUCAUUCUUUCUUCAUUUGAUAGCCUUUUUCUUCUCUGCUUUUUUUCUUUCCACUCUCUCUCUAUACUCCUCUUCUACAUGUUUCUUAUUUAUUUAUUUUUUCCUCCUACUCCAAUUUGUUUUCUUUCUUUUUAUUUAUGUUUUACAUUUCUUGUAUUCCCCUCUAUUCUUUUCGAUACUCCUCCUCUUCAACAUGUUUCUUCAUUUUUCUUUCUUUUUUUUCUUUCUUUAUUUUCCUCUCUCUGUUUUUUUUUUUGCUUUUCUUUAUUCAUUUCUUCUCUUCUAUAAAUAUCAUUUGUUUAUUCAUUUGUUUUUCUUCAUUCUGUUCACCUUUAUUUUUCUUUCAUUUUCACCUAUUUUCCUUCAAUUCAUUGCUUUUAUCAUUUGUCUUACUUUUUUCAUCAACCUCUCUUCCUUCGUUCUUAAAUUUUUCUUCCUUUAUUUCUCAAUUUUAUUCUUUAUUCUGCUGUUCUUUCUUUCUUCUUUUCUCCUUUUUUUUCAUCUCUUUCUUUAUUUUUUAUCUAUUUUUCCUCCAUCCUGGGUAUGA